AGAUCUUAAAGGACCCGGAGUUACGGGAAAAACGGAUAGUCGUGCGCCAGUUCCCCGUGGCUACCGGUGAAUACCGGACCACAUUCAAGGAACUACACAAAAUGGGCAUCAGGAACAUCAUCAUAGAUGUACCCAGGGAAAAUAUACAUAAGGUGCUCAAACACGCCCAACAAGUAGACAUGCUGUCAGACUAUCAUAACUACUUCUUCACGUCACUCGAUGUCCAUACCGUGGACUUAGAGGACUAUCAAUACGGCGGCACAAAUAUAUCCGGCUUUAAUCUGGUCGAUGAGAAUAGCAAGGAGUACCUGGAGGUGAUCAGAGACUGGCAAAACUCGCCGCCCAGGUAUCCCAAUUGGAAGGGCGAGUCGCUGGAGCAGCUAGCUAAAACUGAAGUGGCACUGGUAUACGACGCCGUACGGCUAUUUGCCAAGGCAUUGCACGACCUGGAUCAGACUCAGUCGAUUAGUAUACGGCCGAUAUCGUGCGAAACGGAGGAGCCCUGGAUCUUUGGCAACGCCGUCACCAAUUACAUGCGAAUGAUAAAUAUCGAUGGG